AUGGUGCUGCUGCCUGUUCUCCCCUCCAGUCCCCAGCCUGCAAGGGCCGCGGGGGAUUCUGCCGUGGGGAGCAAGCGCCCGGAUUCCGGCCUCUGGAGUCGCUGCCCCGGAGCCGGCAGAUUUGGGUGCUGGAAGAUGGGCUGCUUCUCCUUCCUGAAGAUGAUGAUGUUUGUGUUCAACGGCGUUAUAUUUCUGAGCGGCUUGGCCGUGCUGGGCAUCGGCAUCUGGGUGAAGGUGGAUGGAGGCUCCUUCGUGCAGAUCCUGGGGGCCGCCGCGCCCCAGCUGAUGCAGCUGAUCAACGUGGGGUACCUGUGCAUCGCUGUCGGCACCUUCCUGCUGCUCAUGGGCUUCCUGGGCUGCUGCGGGGCCAUGAAGGAGAGCAAGUGCAUGCUGCUGCUGUUCUUUGUCAUUAUCCUGAUUCUCUUCAUCGCUGAGGUCGCGGGAGCCGUCGUCGUCCUCGCCUUCUCUUCCGUGGCUGAUAUAUUCAUUGAGCACCUGAAAAACUGGGCUGUGAAAACUUUACGAGAGGAUUACGGGAGGCAGGACGACGUGACUGCAAUCUGGGACACAACCAUGAAGGAGCUGAAGUGCUGUGGCUUCAACAACUACAAGGAUUUCAACAGCUCCUACUUCUACCAAACUCACAGCCAGACUUAUCCCACAGGCUGCUGCCUGCCGCCCAAGCAAGAGUGCCGGGAAUCUGAACUGGACAGCACCAAGCAGGGCUGCUUGCAUGAGUUCCAGACCUUCCUGAGCAGGAACGGGAGGAUCGUUGGAGGGGUGGCGUUAGGAAUCGGUGUGCUCGAGCUGGCCGCAAUGGCCGUUUCCCUGGUUCUGUAUUGUCAGAUCAGUACGAACGGCUGA